AUGCUAUCGCUUACAAUCAUCUUCUUCUCAAGCCUUGCUCUGGCGGCGGACUAUGGUGUUGGCGAGGUCACAACUUCCUCCCAAGCUGACGUCCAAAGUUGUGUUGCCUCCGUGGCGAGUCAAAUCAGACCGCCUGAGCCGGCCAACACCCCCUUCAACCAAUGGGCCACCAGCACAUUCUCUAUGUCUGCCUGUACUAUUACAGCGCCAGCUACCUACUCCGAAGACUUCCUGAGCUAUGAUAAAGCUCUAUCCACAUGGCUGUCAACCGUUCAAUCUGUCGCCGACAAAAUCAACACAAAUUGUGGCUAUGACACGCUGUCUUACAGCUUUGCCAAUUACUGUUCCACCUCACGCACUAUUUUAUUCACACGUGCCCAAACAACUGGAACCACAACCUCCUGGGAGACGAUCACGACGACCCUACCCCCAUACCAAACGCAUGAUAUGAUUUACAUUGGCGCCGCAGGCCGCCGUAAUGAUAUCUCUCACCUGUUACCGGUUGUUGUUCUCGCAACGACUAUUACGGCCUUGUUCCUCUGA